AUGUCUUUCUUCUUAAACCUGGAGAGAUGGCACAGUCCCCCCAGUCUGGGCAAGAUGAGGACCCAUGCAAUGGAUUUCAACACUGACCUCUUAGGAGCAAACCAAUCCUCAGCUCAGCCCAGGAGACAAAGCUGCUCUCAACUGCCAGCUUACAGGCGCAGAAAACCAGAUGGCAUUGGGACUGGCACCAGGGAUCGAGGCUGGUUGGAAAUAUCUAAAGUGCUGCUGGGGAGAGCUGGGAGAGCGAUACAAAAUGACACUGUUCUGUUUCUCUCACAGAUCUGGAUCACCGCGCUCAAACAGGGAGUGAAGGCUGCCACCUUCUUCUGGCCUGUGUCCAUCCCGUUGGAGAGGCGGAUUCUGACCAUGCUACAGUGGCUCCACCUCCCUGAAGGCGAGAGCCCCUACGUGUACGCCAUGCACUCUGAACAGCCGGACACAUACGGACACAAAGUGGGGCCCAUGAGCGCCGAGCUGAACAGCCCUCUGAGACUGAUUGACAGGAUUGUUGGCCAACUGAUGGACGGACUGAAACAGAUGAAAUUGCACCGCUGUGUCAACAUCAUCCUGGUGGGGGACCAUGGUAUGGAAGAGGCCCACUGUGAUCGCACCGAGUUCCUCAGUAACUACCUGAGCAACGCUGAUGACAUCAUCCUUAUCCCUGGGUCUCUGGGCAGAAUACGCUCCAGAUUCCCCAACAACCCUAAAUAUGAUGCCAAGGCUGUUGUUGCAAAUCUAACAUGUAAGAGAGCAGACCAGCACUUUAAGGCGUACUUGAAGCAGCACCUGCCCAAGAGACUGCACUACGCCAACAACAGACGCAUAGAGGACAUCCACCUGCUGGUGGAGAGGAAGUGGCACGUUGCCAGGAAGGUCCCUGAGGGGAAGAGGCACUGCGGCUUCGCUGGUGACCAUGGAUACGACAAUAAGAUCAACAGCAUGCAGACUAUUUUCUUGGGGUAUGGACCUACAUUUAAAUUCAAAACUAAAGUCCCAGCCUUCGAAAACAUUGAGCUUUAUAACGUCAUGUGUGAUCUUCUGGGUCUGAAACCAGCUCCUAACAAUGGAACCCAUGGCAGUAUGAACCACCUGCUGAGGAGCCCCCCCCACAGAGCCACCAUGCCCGAGGAGGUGUCCAGACCAUUGUCCUCGGCCCUGGCCCCGGCAGGGACAGACGACCUGGGCUGCAGCUGCGACGACAAGAACAAGGUGGAGACGUCGGGCUGCGAAUUACAAUGA